AUGGAGACGUCGCGCGGCAGCAAUCGCAGGAUAAACAGCAUCCAGGCCCAGGAGCGCCUGCAGCGAAACCGAUCCGGCUCCCGCAGCAGCAAACGCAUCGUCUCCUCCCAGGAUGCCUACCUCUAUGCCCUCCGCGUGGCAUACCUCGCCUACCUCCUCCAACCGCGCCAGAAACGAGUCCAGCACGUGCCUGCAGCCCCGAAGCCGGUGCAGCGCUCGUCGACGUCGGUGACAGAUCUCGUCAAGGACAUCUCCCUGAUACGAGACUCGAAGAGCACCCGCUUUCCAAAUGGCUUCAUGGGCGAGCUGGACAAGCGCAUCACAAAGGUGCUCAUGGGCACAGAGAGGAUGCCAGAAUACAAAGAUGCCACGGUGAAGCGGACAUUCGCCGUAUUCCUAAACGAGUUCAAGGACCCUCGUUUCCGGAAGAACAUGGACAAGGACAGGAGAGUCGAGGAUCUGCUGUUGAUUUUCUUCUCCAACGCCACAAAGGAGCUGCAGAAAGGGAAGGCGCCCACAGAAGACGGCUGGAGGCUCAUGGUCGACCGCCACGUGGCACUCUUUAUCCGCCUCAUCAGCUCUACGCUAAAGGACAAUGACUGGACUAGGGACCGACCAGAGCUCGCUCAGCGAUUAGCCACCAUGGAGAAGAAGUUAUUGGUACACGACCAAGACCUCUCCUCUGGCGACCAGCGCAAUGGCGGCUCAGGCAGCACAACCGUCGAGGUCGAAGUUCCACGAUCAUACGAGGUCAAAGACAUGCCACUUGUACUGGUCGUAUCGCGCAUGUUCUCAGUCUCAUACUCCGAUGUACAGGCGGACAUCAACAGAUACAAAUCUGUGUGGACGGAGAGGGCGGCGUUGCAGGAUCUCAAGACCUACCAGGCCCAUCUCAGCCUCAUGACCAGGAAGACUUUGAACCGUGAUGACUUCGACCUGGAUGACGCAUACGAAGCCUGGAAGCACCAGGAGGCUCCUGACAUUUCGCAAAUGAUUCUGGCCAUUCUACAGUCCAGCCCAGAGCUUGCAAAGAGCUCUCCGGGAAAUUCCGUCCCUCAGUUCAAGCCGCAGUCCCCAACAGAUCCUCCAGAAAACGGCUCAUCGUAUGUCAUAGAUCAGCCAGUGGAUGUGGGUGGACUGGACAUCAACGACGACGAUGGGACUUCAUAUACCUUCAUCCCGCCAGACCCACGGGCUUACUACCGAGCCAUCGUCAAGGAGGCCCUGACGUACGAUCUGGCUGAUGAGCAGCUACAGGCGAGCGAAGCAACUGGCGAUACGCCAGCCAUGAAGCUCUUAUCAAAACAGUCCACAGAGUUGCUAAACGAAAUAGCCGUGCGAUGGCGAGUACCUCCAUCUUCAAGACUAAUUCUACUUUUGGACGUAAUCCGCGAGAAGUACAUCAACCAGGAAAUCACGCUAGAUACCCUCGAUGCAGCUUUUACUUACAUUAAAGAGCCACCGCCGCCGCCAACCGACAAGAAGUCAAACAGAAUGAGCCACAUCCCCGUGCAGCAAGAUUCGCUAUUUGAUCGCUCCAAGUGGACUGUGCAGGACUAUGCGCUCAAUCAGCAAAUUUUAUCGUCGCUCAAUGAUGCCUUGUUGCGCGAAUUGUUCGAGUUACUCAUGCACGUAUACGAUAACAAAGCUCCGGCAGUGGGGCCCAUAAUGUACAUCUUGGAAAACCACAUCUACGAUGACCCAGGAUUUACCGGAACACCCGAGGAUCUUGACCAGUUUGCUGAGCAGCUCAAACAGGGCUUGAAGCAAAAAGCGGCAGACGUGUAUGGCGAACUUCUUGCAAAGCAUAUUCCUGAGACCAAGGACGAGUGGGAAUUUUUCCAUGUCAUCGAACUAGGACGGGCAGUAGUCAAAUUGUGCGAGAAGAUCCAGAAGCGAUAUCGCAAAAAUCCAGAAGUUAUGGGUGUCAGCCCUAUGAUGUGCCUCGUGGAGGAAGUAUUCCCGUCGUACGCCGCAGAUGCCCGCGAUCUGGUAGCGCGGAUACUUGAAGUCGUCCACAGCAAAGGCGAGACAGUCCCGAUCCAGGAUGGUUUUGAUCUCUACAAAGAGCUUGUUGAGAUUCGCCAGAUUCAUGGCCAAGCUCUGCCGAACAAGAAGUUUGCUUUCAAGAUUGAGGAUCUCCUUCAAGACUUUGUUUGGCGAUGGAUUGAGAUGACUGACGCAAACUUGAUUGGUUGGGUCGAGAAUGCUUUCAAGGCAGAUCAAUUCCAAAUCGAAUCACAGAACCCCGUCCCUGCCGACGACGAGCGACACAGUGUUUCAGUGGUGGACAUAUUUCGAUCGUUCAACCAGAGCAUUUUGCAAAUCGUGGACCUGCAUUGGGACGAUGACUUCCAGUACGCAAAGUUUAUGACCGCCGUAUCCAAAGCCAUUGGUAUUGCGCUUGCGCGGUACUGCGAGCUUGUCGAGCAGAAAUUUGGCAGAGAAAUGGAUCGUAUGACACCCGAACAAGAAGCAGCUGCUCGUCAAACGAGGCAAGAGAAGUGGAUCUCCCUGGCCAAAGACCUCUACACGCAAAGGGAGAAGGUCGAGCCAUUCCAGUUCUACCCUGAGUCUCUCGUCAAGUUGAAUAACAUCGAGUACGCCAUGCAUCAGCUCGACAAGCUCGAACAUGAGAUUGGUGUCGACGCGUGUGCGGAAGUUAUCCUCAAGCAUGGCCCGCCGCCAACACAACGCAUUCGCAACAAUAAUUACAUGUUCACGAUCAAGAUCAUCGAAGCUGAGGACCUCAAGGCUUGUGACAUCAAUGGGCUUAGUGAUCCCUAUGUUGUUCUAGGCGAUGAGUUUCAAAAGCGACUAGCGAAGACUAGAGUCAUAUAUGGCAACCUGAACCCUCGGUGGGACGAAUCCAUCGACAUCACUACAAACGGGCCACUCAACAUUGUCGCGACUAUUUGGGACUGGGAUGCUCUUGGUGACCACGAUUGUGUUGGGCGCACCUCGCUCAAACUGGACCCAUCACAUUUCAGGGAUUAUAUGCCACGUGAAUACUGGCUUGAUCUUGACACACAAGGUCGUUUGCUAUUGCGAGUGAGCAUGGAGGGUGAGCGCGACGAUAUUCAAUUCUACUUUGGCAAGUCGUUCAGGACACUUAAGAGGACCGAGCGCGAUAUGACGCGGAAGAUCACAGACAAGGUGACUCGACCUCAAUCUGUCAUCCAGGGACCCACGCCACAGGAUGUCUCUCAGGCACUCGUACCGCUCUUUAGCUACUUUGACGAUAAUUUCGCCAUUAUGAAGCAAACACUCACGGAUGCUGCAAUGAUCAUGGUUAUGACGCGAUUGUGGAAGGAAGCACUCGCAACGAUAGAAUCGCUGCUCGUGCCGCCGCUAUCUGAUAAACCGUCACAACAGCGCCCACUUACACAGCAAGAGCUCGAUAUUGUUUUCAAAUGGUUAAAGAUGCUGUUCGAGUUCUUCAACGCCGCAGAUGAGGAAGGUAACGUGGACGGUGUUCCUGUCGACGUGCUCAAAUCGCCAAAAUACCACGAGCUCCAGAAUCUCAACUUCUUCUACUUUGAGCAAACAGAGGACCUUAUCCGAACAUCUGAAGCAAUGGCUGCCGCCAGUGCACGCAGAGCACAGGAGCAGAACGCUCGAAUGAACAGGAUGUCAGCCCCAGCUAGUAUGGGUCAUCAAUUCGGCGGUGCCGCAGGCUUGGUGGGUAUGCCUACACGCAAGCACAAGACUAUCAUGCUGUCGAGGAACUUGGGCACGAUGAAGAAAGCAAAGGAGGAGAAGAGGAAGGAAGCACAGGCUGAGCCCAACGACGACAUGAUUCUGAGGAUAUUGAGAAUGAGGCCCGAAGCGGAGCGGUACUUGAAGGAUCGAAGCAGGCAGAAGGUACCUUCACAGGAACGUCUCGCCGCUGCGCAGGCCGCAGAAGCCAUUGUCCGCCAAUCUCUCAACGCCGGCGGUGGUCGAAUGACUGGCGGCAUGGGACUAGGCGCAAACGCGCUCGCGACACGCACACGCAACGACUACGACUACGACAUUGCAUGCAAGAUGAGCGACGAAGAGAAAAUAGCGAAGGGUCUUGCAAGACUAGCCCUCGCUAGUCCCAUCGUCUGUUCAGAGCCUGCUGCAAAGCCGCCACCGAGUGUGUUCGACCGCAUGAUGACCAUCGUCGUCGGUAACGAAAGAUUCCAAAUGCAUCGAGGAUUGCUAUGCUUCCACUCUAGAUACUUCAAGGCCUUACUCGACGGUCCUUUCAAGGAGGGCGGUUCCAAUGUGCACACUUUGACUACAGUAUCUCGAAGUAUCUUCAGCAUGUUCUAUAACUGGGCCUACACGGGCCUAGUCAUGAAUACCUCCAAUGUCGCAGAUUCCGAUCUCUCCUGCUCUGAGAUUAUAUACAUCUAUGCGUUCGCCGAUUUCCAUAUGGUGCCGCAACUGAAGGACAGGGCCGUCGAGCUGUACUUCUUGAAGGACACCAAAACGUGGGCCGUAAACCUCUGCAAUACCCACGAGUUGUACGAAAAGACCUCAGAGUCAUCUUUGCUACGAACACUGCACGUAGACCUGUUGAUCGAGGCAUAUAAUUUCAAUGAUUGGCGAACAAAUUCGAAAGACAUGCCCAAUGAGUUCAUUGCAGAUCUCUUUGAGAGCUGUCGUGAGAGGAAGAUUGUCCCAGGAUCUUUAUCUGCAUUGGAAAAAGGUACAACAUCCUUUCUCAAGAAGAAGAGGACCAGUUUCUGUGAGAAGUACCAUGAGCAUGGAUAUCCCGAGGCGCCCACAAGCGUCGAGAGCAUUUCGUAA